AUGUAUCAGGUAGAAUUUGAGAGAAUUCAGAAUGAAUUUAAUUGUAAAAUUCCAUUUAUUUUGAAGGAAUUAUUAAUGAUGACUAGACAUUUCAAUGAUGAAUCGAAUGGUGGCACCUAUUCCUAUUCACAAUAUCCAGCACAUUGGUUCAAUCCAAUCAAGUCAUGGAAGAAGGAGGGAAAUAUUGUAAGAAUUAGUAAUUGUGUUGGCCUAGUUCCAAAUGGAAAGUAUAAUAAUUUAUUGCUUUUAAUUUCAGAGUUUAGUUCAGAGGUAGAUUUGAAUUAUUCACUUUUUUAUCCAAAUUCUUCCUUGUUUAAGAUUCAGGGUGAUAGUUUUCCAAAGUAUUGCAAAUUGGAUUUUAAUAGAGGUUUUGCUUACUCCACUUCUAAUAUAACAUCCAUUCCUCUAGCUCUUUGUGCUCUGAAAUAUUUCACAACAAUUGACCUUUCUCCAAGGAGGAUUUCUCUUUUAAUUUCAAGAUUUUCUCCAGAUUUAUUCAGUAAUAAGGAAUUCCUUUGGAAAGCUGUCAAUAUUUACUACAAGAUUGGAGAGCAAAUACCUGAAACCCUUCUCAAUGAUAGAGAUUUUUGUCUCAGAUUGGUCAGAUCACACGGUAAAGCACUAAAGUAUUGCACCAAAUUUGUGAAAGAUAAGGAAAUUGUAACUCAAGCUCUGAAACAAAAUGGAUUUGCUAUCAAGUAUAUCAGUUCACAAUAUCUGAGAUACAAUCAAGACUUGUUAGAAAUUGCUGUCGAAAGCAAACCAUUCUCUUUGAAUUAUGUUCAGAAUUCGACUCGUAAUUUCAAAUCAAUGGUCAUCAAAGCACUCCAAAAUAUGAAAGAAAUGACCACUAUACCACUAUUCGUGGAUAAUGAUGAGUUUCUACAAGAUAAGGAGAUUGUGGAAAUAAUUUUAAUGAAAAAUCCUAAACUCAUGGAACAAAUGCCAAAUAUUUGGAGGGAAUGUAGACCUCUAGCAAGAAAGAUGCUUUCAACUAAAUCUUCUAUAACUGGCUUUUCUCAAAAAGUAAUUGAGGAUCCAAGAUUUUUCAAAAUGGUUGCCGAAACUAAACCAACUUUGCUUAUAGAAGAGAAAAAAGACACUUCCAAACUUGUGAAAAAAGUAAUGAAUGCAUGGGGCUUACAAUUCAACCAUAGAGAUGAUGAAGAAACCAUGACCAAAAUUCUAGAACUAGCAAGAAAGAAUCCAGAUAUUUAUUCAUUCAUGUUACAAAUGCCUCGUUUUGGUUGUGGGUAUUCUGAUUCAUUGCGAUUUACAUUUCUGAAAGAGGGAGUUUCACAUGAUCCUCUCAUUAUUUGUAAUAAGCGAGUAAGGAAUAUUGUAAGCCUGAUUGAUUUGGAACAACAAGAAGAAAUUCUCAAAAUAUUCCUUAAUAAUAGGGAUAACUCAAAAACAAUUUCAGUCACCCUUUCAUUUGAUAAGCAGCUUUUAAAAAAAUAUGCAUUGGAGGGAUACAAGAAGGGAAUUAAAUUGUGCAAAUAUUAA